CUCUCCGUCUAUCUUCGCGCUCACCUGCGAUUCGCAAGGCACAAAACUAAGUCAUUCAUAACAAUACACAUAGGAUGAGUGCAGAAGGAAGCGAGAAUGUGCUCGUUGGAGUCAUCGGAGGAAGCGGACUAUACCAUCUUGAUAACUUGACUUUUGUCAAGCAUGUCAAUCCAGAGACACCCUGGGGCUUCCCCAGCUCUCCCAUUGUCAUCUGUUCCCUCCCCUCUGGCACGCGAGUCGCCUUCCUCGCGCGGCACGGCGUCGGGCACACCAUCGCGCCAUCUGCAGUACCCGCGCGCGCCAACAUCGCUGCGCUCAAGUCGCUCGGUGUGCGCGCCGUGCUCGCCUUCUCCGCGGUCGGCUCACUGCGCGAGGAAAUUGCGCCGGGCGACUUCGUGCUGCCCACGCAGAUCAUCGAUCGCACGAAGGGCGUGCGACCUGCGAGCUUCUUCGAAGAUACGAGCGUCGUCGCGCACGCGGCGUUCGGAGACCCGUUUGGAGUUAGGCUGGUGAGCUGGCUCGAGGGCCGUGUGAGGAAGGUGCUCGCGGAGGAAGCGGAGAGGAGGGACAAGGAGGAAGGUGAGGGAGUGGGCGGGCGAAGAGCGAUGCUGCAUACGGACAAGUGCGCUGUGUGCAUGGAGGGCCCGCAGUUUUCAACGAGGGCCGAAAGCCAGAUGUACAGGGCGUGGGGCGGGGACAUCAUCAACAUGAGCGUGCUUCCUGAGGCGAAGCUCGCCCGUGAGGCUGAGUUGAGCUAUGCGCUUAUCGCCACUGCCACCGAUUAUGACUCGUGGAGGCCGAACGAGUCCUCUGUGACUGCCGCCGAGGUGUUCAAGACUCUCCAGGAGAACGCACGCAUCUCACGUCACGUCGCAGCGACGAUCCUCGAGGAGCUACACGAAGCCGUCGCGGAGGGAGGCAUCCUCACCGAGGAGACAGGCUCGAUGCAGUACUCCAUUAUGCCCCGCUCAGUCCAGCACAAGGAGGAGGACAGGAAGAAACUGGCGUACAUCCUCCCGACGUACUUCAGCUGAUCGCAUAUGGGUUGCAGUGAUGAGACGGGCGAUACAAGCGCGGUCGAAAUAGAACACGAUUGUUUUAUUUAUAUUUUUGUUCUUGAUGUACGUUCCGGUAAACGCUCAGAAACAUGUUUAUCGACGCCACAGGAUGAUGAUAAACUCGAUCAGGG